CCCUGCGGAUUCUUCCGAGCAGUGUGCGCCUUUGGGGUGACGCUGUAACAUGAGUCAGGAUGAACACUGUGCGCCCUCUCGCACUAACAGCGCACACCCUGUGCGAGGAGGUGCACGAUGGAUCCCGUCCCGCUGCUGCUCCUCAUCGCCUCCUCUCUGCCGCUCUCCUCCGGAGUCUACAGCGGGCCCCUGCAGCCGGAGAUCUCCAACGGCACCUUCCACCACUUCUACAUCCCCGAGGGCGACUACGACGACACCGUGGACCCGGAGAAGUGCCAGAUGCUCUUUAAAUUCUCCGACGUGUCUCCAUGCGGAGCCUGGGAGGAGGACGGAGGAGACUCGGCGGUGCGGGACGACCUGGUCAUCACCAAACUGCAGGCGGAGGACGCGGCGCGCCUGCUGGAGAGCGUCGGCCGGACGGUGGCGCACGACCUGGACGGAGAGGACAGCUACAGCAAGUUCCUGCAGCGAGAGCUGUCCCAGAUCAGCGAGGCUUUCAGCAGCGUGGACAAGUCUCUGGUGGAGCUGGAGGUGAAGUUUAAGCAAAGCCAAGAAGGCGAGCUCCGGGAGGAGCAGCAGCUCGGCGGCUCUGUGCUCAGACACGUGACGGAGGUUACGGACGGUCUGAGGCGCGCCACCGACGUGUCAGUGGCGCUGAGGGACAGACACGAGCUGCUGGCUCUCAUCAUCCGGAGUCACGGCACAAGACUGAGCCGCCUCAAAACCGAGUAUCUCAACGUGGGCCUGUAGUGCGCGCGGCGUGCGUGCGUCACUGUCCGUGGAAAUCCUGCUCAGAUUAAAUACCGCUGAUCGUCGGUUAUCCCCGUUACCUGGACAUUUCUCAAAAACAUCAUCACAUUCCUCUGAGUCAGGACUUCAAUAUGCUGGAGCCUUUGAAUGACAGACAGA